AGGGACUGGGUAGGUGCAGCCGCGCGGGCGCCUGGAAACGGGGCUGCCGGGGACCCCCACGCGCCCCGCGGGCCCCGCGCAGCUCCACCGUCUCCCGCAGAAAACGCUCUAUGGAGCCAACGUCAUCAUCUUCGAGGGAAUCAUGGCCUUUGCGGACAAGACGCUGCUGGAGCUGCUGGACAUGAAAAUAUUCGUGGACACGGACUCGGACAUCCGCCUGGUGCGGCGUCUGCGUCGGGACAUCGGCGAGCGGGGCCGCGACAUUGAGGGCGUCAUCAAGCAGUACAACAAGUUUGUCAAACCGGCCUUCGACCAGUACAUACAACCCACCAUGCGGCUGGCAGACAUCGUGGUGCCCAGGGGGAGUGGGAACGCGGUGGCCAUCGAUCUGAUCGUGCAGCACGUGCACAGCCAACUGGAGGAGCGUGAACUCAGCGUGAGGGCUGCGCUGGCCUCGGCACACCAGUGCCACCCGUUGCCGCGGACGUUGAGCGUCCUUAAGAGCACGCCGCAGGUGCGGGGCAUGCACACCAUCAUCAGGGACAAGGAGACCAGUCGCGACGAGUUCAUCUUCUACUCCAAGAGGCUGAUGCGGCUGCUCAUCGAGCACGCGCUCUCCUUCCUGCCCUUCCAGGACUGCAUCGUGCAGACCCCGCAGGGCCAGGACUACGAGGGCAAGUGCUACGCCGGGAAGCAGAUCACCGGCGUGUCCAUCCUGCGGGCGGGCGAGACCAUGGAGCCGGCGCUGCGGGCCGUGUGCAAGGACGUGCGCAUCGGCACGAUCCUCAUCCAGACCAACCAGCUCACGGGGGAGCCCGAGCUCCACUACCUGCGGCUGCCCAAGGACAUCAGCGACGACCACGUGAUCCUGAUGGACUGCACCGUGUCCACGGGCGCCGCCGCCAUGAUGGCCGUGCGCGUGCUCCUGGACCACGACGUGCCCGAGGACAAGAUCUUCCUGCUGUCGCUGCUCAUGGCGGAAAUGGGCGUGCACUCGGUGGCCUACGCGUUCCCCCGCGUGAAAAUCAUCACCACGGCCGUGGACAAGCGCGUCAACGACCUUUUCCGCAUCAUCCCGGGCAUUGGGAACUUCGGUGACCGCUACUUCGGGACAGACGCGGCCCCCGACGGCAGCGACGAGGAGGAAGUGGCCGCCACAGGUUAGGGGCUCAGGCCUCCUCCGCCCGGCCUCUGCCACAGGAAACGCUCACUCAGUUUUGAAAAGCACUGCCGAUAUAACUGAAUCUGUGUUUUAUAAGAUCAAUAAAGGUUUAGGAAAGUG